AUGGGCGAGUUGUUGUCGUUCGCUGACGACAAGGACCGCAUGCUCAUGAUCGCCGGUACACUGGGCGCCGCAGCGGCAGGGAUGGCUCAACCGCUGCAUAUCGUUCUCAUCGGAGACGUGUUGAACGGCAUGAACCCGUCGGACUCUUCUUCCAGUAUCACCGGCAAGGUGGACGACGCUGUGCUCAACUACGUCUACGUCGCGUGGUCCACGACAGCGUCGCGCCAAGUGAAGCGAAUCCGCGGCGCCUACAUGAGCUCGAUUCUGGCGAAGGAGAUCGGCUGGUUCGACGUGAACGAGCCCAUGCAGUUGUCCACGCGGAUUGUGGAGGCGGCAGUGAAGCUUGAAGAAGGCAUGGGCCGCAAGAUCAGCGAUGGGAUUCGCAACCUGUCCAUGGCGGUGACUGGAGUCGUCAUCGGGUUCAUCAAAGGCUGGGACUUGGCGCUCAUUCUGCUGGCCCUGAUGCCGUUCCUGUCCAUGAAGGUGCUGACCAAGGACACGCAGACCGGGAUCGAGGCCUACGGCCAGGCCGGCGCGAUCGCUCAAGAAUCGCUGAGUAAUGUGCGGACGGUCCACACGUUCAACGCCUGCAGACACUUCAUCGACAAGUACGCGAGCGCCUUGGACGGCACCGGACUCAUGUUCUUCACUAUGCUCUGCACGUAUGCGGUUGGCAUGUUCUACGGCGCGUACAAGGUCGCCAACGACCAGCUUGAUGGUGACAAGUGCGUUGGCUCCGGGUGUUACGACGGAGGACGCGUUGUUGUGGUAUUUGCAGCAGUCUUGACGGGGUCCAUGGCAAUCGGGCAAGCGGCGCCGAGUAUCGAGGCUCUCGUAGCUGCUCGAGCUGCUGCGUACAACAUCUUCGAGACAAUUCGUCGAGGGUCUCUGAUCGAUCCGCUGAGUACCGAGGGCAAGACGCUGGAGAACGUAUCGGGUGAGAUCGAGAUCAAGGACGUGACGUUCGCGUAUCCCUCUCGUCCGGACGUUCAAGUGUGCAGCAAUUAUUCGCUAACGAUCGGAGCGGGGGAGACCGUGGCGCUUGUAGGACCCAGUGGAAGCGGGAAGAGCACCAUUGUCGCUCUGCUGGAGCGCUUUUAUGAUCCCUUGAGCGGCGUAGUGAGCGUCGAUGGGGAGGAUGUUCGUGGAUUGAACGUCAAUUGGCUCCGUCCGCAGAUUGGGCUCGUUGGUCAAGAACCAGUGCUGUUUCCGACGACGAGUAUGGAGAAUAUCCGCUAUGGAGCGCCGUCAGCAUCGGAUGACCAGGUCGUUCACGCCGCCAAGAUGUCGAACGCGCUGGAGUUCAUUCAGGCGCUUCCUCGGGGCUUUGAUACCGAAGUGGGGGAGCGCGGGACGCGGUUGUCGGGUGGGCAGAAGCAACGUAUCGCCUUCGCCCGAGCCAUCGUGAAAAACCCGCUGCUGGAUGAAGCGACAAGCGCAUUGGACACGGAGAGCGAGUACGUCGUUCAACAGUCUCUGGAUCAGCUCCUGGCUUCGUCCAAGCGCACCACAAUCGUCAUCGCGCAUCGACUUUCAACCAUCCGAAACGCGGACCGUAUUGCGGUACACAACAACGGAUCAAUCGUCGAGAUCGGGACGCACGACGAGCUCAUGGAGAUACCCAACGGACACUAUCGCCAUUUGGUCGAGUCUCAGAGCUCACCGGCUCAUGCUGACAGCGAUGUAGUUGCCUCGAGAGCGCCAAGAGAGCUCGACAUGCCCAAUUCGGUCCAGACCAGCGCUGCCACGGAGUCUUCAAACGACAAGGUCGAGUGUGUGGGGGCUCCUGAUCAAUCUGCCACGGUGCUGUCUCGGGUGAGGAAGAUGGCUUCACCGGAAUGGGCCUUCUUGGUAGCUGGAGGUGUGGGUGCCGUGCUCAACUCCGCAGUAUUCCCGGCAUGGGGUGUCAUGAUGGCCAAGAUCACGGUGCUCUUCUUCGACUAUGACAAGACGGAGCAUGAAAUGGUCCACGAUGCGCGGUACUGGUCGCUGAGCUUCGUCGCUCUGGGGUUCGUCUAUGGUAUCUCAAAAUUGCUACAGCACUACUGCUUCGCCGUAGCUUCCGAGAGAUUGGUAGCUCGCGUUCGCCUCGCUGCAUUCACCGCAAUGUUGCGUCAGGAUAUCGGGUGGUUCGACAAGUCGGAGAAUGCCUCGGGAGCUCUUCUCUCUCGGUUGUCCACCGACGCAGCGACGCUACAGGCUAUGACGUCCGAGUCGCUUAAUCGGUUGGUCGUGAACGUGACGACGCUGGGCAUCGUCUUCGCUGUCUGCUUCUUCUUCAGCUGGCAGAUGACGCUCGUCUUCCUGGCCGUGGCUCCAGUGCUUACGAUCUCCUCCUUUAUGGUCAACAAGUCCGUGGCCGACGGGGACUCGACGUCCAAGAAAAAUAACGACGCGGAUGCAGAGGCCGGUGCGCUGUUCACCAACGCAAAGAACUUGAACGCCAAGUACAAGCAGCUGCUCGAUACUUCAAAGGAGACGGAUCUGCGCGCUGGCCUCGUUGCUGGGGCUGCGUUCGGCUUCUCUCUCGGUUCCAUGCUGCUCGUCGCCGCUCUGCUGUUCUACGUCAGUUCUCGGUGGAUUCCGCGCGGCACCAUCACGUUCGAAGACAUGCUCAUGGUCUUCUCGCUCAGCUCCUUCUCCAUCGGCUCUGCAGCGCAGGGAGCGACAGACCCGACGAAAGCCCAGCAAUCAGCAGAGAACAUCUUCCAAGUCAUCGAUCGAGUACCGGCCAUCGACGUCAUGUCUUCUUCUGGUCGCACCUUUUUAUCCGUGAACGGGGAGCUGGAAUUCCACGACGUGCACUUCGCCCUUCCGUGGCUUCGCGACCGCAUCUCGCUCGUGAGUCAAGAGCCUGUACUCUUCGCCGGAGCCAUUGCUGAGAAUAUCGCGCUUGGUAGACCCACUGCGAGUCGCGAGGAGAUCGUUCAAGCCGCUGCAGACUCAAGCGCGCUCGAGUUCGUCCGCAACCUCCCGGACGGCUUCGACACGGACGUUGGCGAUCGAGGAGGUCAACUCUCAGGCGGCCAGAAGCAGCGGAUUGCAUUGGCGCGAGCGAUUCUGCGGGACCCGAGUAUCCUCCUGCUGGACGAAGCCACGAGCGCUCUGGACAACGAAAGCGAACGAAUCGUGCAGACGUCGCUCAACAAGUUGCUCAAGACCAAGCGCUGCACCACCAUCAUCGUGGCGCAUCGGCUCUCCACGAUUCGCAACGCCAACUUGAUCGCAGUGACGGAACAGGUUGUCAUUGUCGAGAUCGGCACGCAUGGUGAACUCAUGCAGCUUCCAGGAGGAAGAUACAAGCAGCUACUUGCCCGACAAACGUACUGA